AUGCCUGACGCCGAGGGCACCACCCCGGAUUCGCAGAUGAGGAAGAGAAAACACGAGGACUACGCGGACAUCGGAAGAGGGUUGGAGUCUACGUCUUCUGCCGACCCUCUCACCCAAAACGAUGACGGUGGCGACGACGUCCUGCGUGUGCCCAAUGGAGGUUGGCCAAAUCAUGUCCGUGAAGCGGCGAAAACUCUUAAAGAUUUGGUCGACGGAGUGUUGCAAAGCCCACAAAUCGCGGAGCGGAAGUCGAGCAAAGCGAACUGGCAGUUGCUGUUGGAGUCGUUCAAGAGCCGUGCCAAGAUUGAUGAGUCACGCGAUGCCACGGGCAAGCUUGGCGAUCUAUUUGAGCUCUUCUGUGUGCUGUUUUUGAAUUACUGGAAUGCUUAUAUAUUCUCUGCGUUGCCGCGAGGGAAAAUUACCCAAAUUUGCUGGCUGCGAGGCGACGAAAAAAAUUUCCCAAAGGCACAAGAGACUGGAUAUGAGCGGCGUGGACAGGACCUCACGGACAAAGGUAGUGAUGUGGUGCUACGGCAUCAAACCACCGGGCACAUGACGCUUGUGCAAUGCAAAUUUCGGUCAUCAAAUAGGACUGCAGCUGACGAGGGAGGAUUCUUUCAAGAUUUGGUACAAGCCAGGGAUAUGUACGGCGGCAGAAAACGGCAUGGGCUCUGGAUGGGGACAGAUGCACCGCAUCCACGUUUCGAAGAGCGUGGCAUUCACAUUCAUUCGUUUAUGCGUGAUGUUUAUGCGAAGUACACUACCCAGGAUUUUCUUGAAUAUGUUCAUCGCUGGUGCGAAGACACUCUCGCCAAGCAAAUUCCGCGGUCGCCUGAUGAGGCCCUGAUGGAAUGUAAUUAUACUCCGCGUCCAGCCCAAGAACGACAAUUGGAAGGCUGGAAAGGUUUUCUCGACAAAUGCUGGGGGACAUUUUCGAGCAACAAUUCCUCGCAAAGCCUAAGGGCACAGAUGAGCAUGUGGUGCGGCACCGGGAAGACAUUCACGGCAUUCCUCAUGAUCAAGGAAUUCGUCAGGUACACCGCAGGUGUGACCAGUGGGGGAGCGACCGUCGUCUAUUUUGUGCCAAGCCUAUGGCUCAUGGAGCAAACGUUCAAAAGCUUUUUUUGUCAAUGCAGAAGAAAUCAAAUCAAGAUGGGGAGAUGGCUGCUCGUCGGUUCUAACGGUGACAGAACAUUGACCCAAGGCAUGGACGCUCGUUUCGGAUUUCUACUCAGUACUAGCGUGGAUGAGAUCUCGCAACAUCUGAAGGAGGGCCCGUCUGAUGGCCACAACGUCAUCAUUUCUACAUACAACUCCUGGAAAAAAUGCGCAGGAGCUCUGGAAAAGGUGCAGUUGCACCCGGAUCUGGUGAUAUACGAUGAGGCACACCGAACCGUAGGUAUCAUCGACCGGGAGGAUUCUUUCAAGCGAUGCAUUUUGGACGAUUCCUUUCCAUGCCGCGUGCGCCUUUUCAUGACAGCGACGCCGAAAGAUGUCAAAGUUGGAGAUGAUGAGCUUGGGGACAACGAAUUCAAAAGAGGCAUCGUCAAUUCCAUGAACGAAACGGAGAAAUACGGCGAACCCAUCGCGGAUCCAUACACACAGGCGCAAGCUGCGGAUGCCGGGGAUAUAGUGAGAUCGAAGGUAAUCGCACUCAUGACUGACAACGACAUGGUGAGAGAGUACUUUGGAAAUAAUCAGCUUGUGUUGCCUGUCGCCCACAUCUCAUCCGACGACAUAAAAGAAGAGGAUGAAGAUAGCGAUGCAGAAAAUUCGGAUGGCGAUUCCGACGAAAAUAGUAACGACGGAGAUCGGCACCAGGGAGUCUCUGAGCCUCCCAAUGGAAUCGUCUCUGAGCUUCCCGAGGGAGUCGCAGAGCUUCCCGAGAUUCAAAUGGAGGCGUACCGCGACACUGCGAGGUGCGACUGGCUCUGUGCAGCGAUCCACAUCGUCGAAGCCAUACGCGAUGGGAAGUAUAAGGUCGUUUUCUGCUUCACCCGCACGAUUAAACAAGCAAGGGCGUUUCAGCGACGUCUUCAAAGCAUCCGGGAGAUGCUCGCAGAGAAAAACCCUGAUGAAAAUCUAGGAGGAGACUAUCCAAUCGAGCACAUGCACGGGCGUAUGAACAUGACGCAACGGAAGGAGAUAUUAUCGCGCGUCGAAGAGGCAGAGCUGGGUAUAGUUUGCGCCGCGAAAGUGUUGAACGAGGGCAUCGACAUCCCGUUCUGCGACACGGUCGUGUUCUUGGAGGCGAAAGGGAGCGUCGUGGACAUCGCGCAAUGCAGCGGCCGGUGCAAUCGACUGUACCCCGGCAAGGAGGUUGCGAACAUCGUGAUUCCGGCAUUAAUCUCCGAGGACGAGAUACUAAACCCAGGAGCAGACGACCUCGCUGGUUUCCAAGUGCUUCGUAAGACGCUCAGCCUCCUUUGCGUCCUCGACGAAGAGCUCCGCGCCGUAUUGUGCGGCGGCGCAGAUGCGAAUCCUGACGGAAUACACAGGCGGGAAGGGAAGUUUGAAAUCGCGAGAAUCGGUCGUGCGGAUCGGGUCCGAGUAGAUUUGCAGGCUUUGGUGGACAGAUUAAAUAUCGCGGAGGUGUUGCUCGAAAGUAGGCGAAGACCUACAAAGGAGGAGAAAGUGGCGGCGCUUGCCGCGCUCUCAGAGAAGCCGAAGCAGGGGGAAAAGGUGGAGGUGAAGUGCGCAUCAGGAGAAGUGGCGCAGGAGGACCUCGGCAUGUUCUGGAGCGUUAUCCGUCAGAACUUUGGUCCCAAACCAGACAAGGCGAACACCAAGUUGUCAGCAGAGGAGAAGAAGAAGCUCCUGAAUGUGGAGUGGGUGAAGAAGGAGGUUGAGAAGAUGGAAGCGAAGGCGUUGAAUGCGCCUGAAGUGAGAGCGACGAAGGAGGACAAGCUUGCGGCGCUUGCUGCGCUCUCACAGAAGCCGAAGGUGAGGGAAGAGGUGGAGAUGAAGUGCGCAUCAGGAGAAGUGGCGCAGGAGGACCUCGGCAUGUUCUGGGAUAGGGUCCGUCUGAACUUUGGACCCAACCCAGACAAGGCGGGAACCAAUCUGUCAGACGAGGAGAAGAAGAAGCUCUUGGCUGUGGAGUGGGUGAGGAAGGAGGUGGAGAAGAUGAAAGCUAUGGCGUCAAAUGCGCCUGAAGUGAGAGCGACGAAGGAAGAGAAAGUGGCGGCGCUUGCUGCGCUCUCAGAGAGGCCGAAGGUGAAGAAAAAGGUGGUGGUGAAGUGCGCAUCAGGAGAAGUGGUCCUGGAGGACCUCGGCAUGUUCUGGAGCAGUAUCCGUCAGAUCUUUGGUCCCAACCCAGACAAGGCGAAAUACAAUCUGUCAGAGGAGGAGAAGAAGCCGCUCUUGGCUGUGGAGUGGGUGAGGAAGGAGGUGGCAAAAAUGAUGGAAUUGGGAGCGACGAAGGCGGACAAAGUGGCGGCGCUCGUGUCGCUCUCAAAGAAGCCGAAAUAUAGGGAAAAGGUGGAUGUGAAGUGCGCAUCAGGAGAAGUGGUGCAGGAGGACCUCGGCAAGUUCUGGGACAGUAUCCGUCAGAACUUUGGUCCCAACCCAGACAAGGCGGGAACCAAUCUGUCAGAGGAGGAGAAGACGAAGCUCUUGAAUGUGGAGUGGGUAAAGAUGGAGGUGGCAAAAAUGAUGGAAUUGAGAGCGACGAAGGCGGACAAGUUGGCGGCGCUCGUGUCGCUCUCAGAGAGGCCGAAGCAUGGGGAAAAGGUGGAUGUGAAGUGCGCAUCAGCAGAAGUGGUGCAGGAGGACCUCGGCAAGUUCUGGGACAGUAUCCGUCAGAACUUUGGUCCCAACCCAGACAAGGCGAACACCAGUCUGUCAGAGGAGGAGAAGAAGCCGCUCUUGGCUGUGGAGUGGGUAAAGAAGGAGGUGGAGAAGAUGGAAGCGAAGGCGUUGAAUGCGCCUGAAGUGAGAGCGACGAAGGAGGAGAAAGUGGCGGCGCUUGCUGCGCUCUCAGAGAAGCCGAAGGUGGGGGAAAAGGUGCAGGUGAAGUGCGCAUCAGGAGAAGUGGCGCAGGAGGACCUCGGCUUGUUCUGGAGCAUUCUCCGUCAGAACUUUGGUCCCAAACCAGACAAGGCGCACACCAAGUUGUCAGCAGAGGAGAAGAAGAAGCUCUUGAAUGUGGAGUGGGUGAAGAAGGAGGUGGAAAAGAUGUAA